GUGACUUUCGAUUGCUUCAGGUGUAGCGAGAGUCUCCGCAUGCGCUUCGUUUCCCAAAAAAAAACCAUCAGCCAUAUUGGUGUGUUGUAUCGCUAUCCUCAGUAAUUUUGAAGAUCAGUGAGCUUAUAGCCCAUCAUGACGGAUUCUAUGAAAUUUGGUCCAGAAUGGUUGCGUAAUCUGUCUGCAGACAGUUGCAAUAACAGUGGAGGCGGUGGAGGUACUACAAGCUUAACUACCCCACGUUAUCAAUUAGCGGAACAUAGAUAUGGAAGAGAAGAGAUGCUGAUUCUAUUUGAUCGUAAUUGUAAACCACCUGAACCAUUGACAAAUUUCUCUACGUUAUACGUUGAGAAAACUCAACCUCCUUUGGCUCUUAUACAAAUGACAGAGGAUGAAACGCGAAUGUGGAAUGGAGGUAUAACCAAUGUUGGUGGUCAAGGAAGGGGUGGAAGCGUGGAUCGCGGGGGGCGUGGGAGAAAUGGAAGAGGAAGUUUGUACUCAUCCCAUUAUUCCCGAGGAGUUGGGUUUGAUGAUUCAGGGGAUGGCAGAAGAAUCGACAGUAUACCAUUUCCAGGAAGAAACCGCCCAUUCGAUAGAUCUCAAAGCGAACGUGGGUGGUCGGAAAGAAAUGGGGCCUCAGAUCCAGGUGAAUGGAAUGGCUCUACUAGUCCUAGGAAGGAAUUAAGUCGUGGGCCCGGUGGUAGUUCUGUCGUGGAAGGCAACUGGCGGCGUCAUCGUGGUGGUACAGAAGAUGACGAUGGCUGGCGUAAAUGGGGCAGAAGUAGUUGGCGCGAAGGGGGAAGUAUGGACAGAGAUAGGUUAGAUCGAAAUGAAGGGGACGGCGAGGAAGGCAUGCAGAAAGGUGGUAGAUGGGAGCAUCGUGGGAACCACAGAGUACCACACGAUUCGAGUCAUCAUCCGCCUGCCCGUACUGCUCGUACUUGGGAGUCGAAUCAUCAUGAUAUUAAUCAUGACAAUCUUCCUGAAUGGGCCACCGAGAAUCCCAGUGAAAGCGGAGGAAGUUUCGACGCUUCUGGCGCAUUCCACGGUGGAAUAUAUUCAGACGACGACGAGGACGGGGUGAUUAGUGCGGGUGGUACUCAAGAAUCGAGGACUCGACGUGUGUCCGAGGGGAGUGCUGGUAGUACAACGAAAUCUAGUGGGAAGCAUUUAUCUUACAGCUCGUCUCAGGGACAGCCUAUAAGUCGCGGCACCAGCAGCAAUACACCUAGUACAAUCAAUAAAGAAAGACAGAAGUCUUUGCAUUCGUUUGACGCCAAAGAGAACGACGUUGAGAAGGAGAGGAGAAGCAGUUCCCCGCCGCCGUCAACGAAACCGCCGAUCGCUGCCACGGACAGUACGCCGACGAAGACGUCGUCGUCGACGUCGCCGACGUCUGAUAGCGGGCAGAAGAGAAGCAGCGCGGUAACGACGACGACGACGCCGACGACAACGGAACAGACCGAGAUCGGGAAAGUAAUGCCGAUCGACACGGGGAAUAAUAAAUCUCCGAGUAAAACGCAGGCUAGGGAGGAGGUUCAAAAGACGGAGGUAAAGGUGGAGGCGAUUCCGAGCACUGCGAAAAGACAGCAGCAAAUCCCGGUGCAAACGGAGCCUCAGAAAAGCAUCGUGCACGCGACGGGGACGGAAGACACGAGGCAGAAAGGCGACGACGACUUGGAUAGAAUGAAGGAAGAGGCAGACGCAUUAGUGGCUAAAUUAAUGGCAGACGAAGAAAAUCACAGGGAGAAAACUACUGCCAGUGUACCGCCUUCUAUUGGUAACCAAUCUUCUACAGUUCCAUCAACGAAUGGACAGGAGAAAUGGUUUUACCGUGAUCCGCAGGGUGAAGUUCAAGGUCCGUUCUUAGCAAGCGAAAUGGCGGAAUGGUGUAAAGCCGGUUACUUCACCGCUAGAUUAAUGGUAAGAAGAACAUGUGACGAGCGGUACACAACUUUAGGGGAGUUGAUGAAGAUAUCUGGUAGAAUACCAUUUCUCUCCGGGCCUCGCAUUCCUCCCUUGAAGUUAACGGAUCAAGGGAUCCCCGCAGUUCCUAACACAGUACCUGCCGGUUUAUCCGCCUUGCCGAAGGCUGGUAUAGAAGACCCACUUCUUUUAUUCCAAUACCAGCAUAUGCGGCUACUGCAGAAUCAGCAGCUGCUGCUCAGGCAAAUGCGAACGUCGGCCAUAGCGAAACUCUCGCAGUCCGAGCACUGGGCGAAUUUGAGUUCCGUCGAACAGAAUCAGUUAAUUUAUCAAUACGUUAUCCAUGACUCAGAGAUCCCAGAAGUCCCGCCAAUAUCCACCGCCCCAUUCGUACCUCAUUUGCCGUCACAAACCUCGAAUCCUGUUAUGCAGCUUUUCUCGCAGAUGCAGCAGGCUAAGCUUCAGCCGGAUGCUCAUCUAACGUCGAAUCCUCAUUCCACCACAGCUGCCCAUCCUCCUACAGUAGAUCCCAUACAACAGCUCAUACAACAAAUGGGUGGGAUACAAAACAUACCAGGGAUGCAACAGACAAAUAUAAACUCGACGCCACCCGCGACGCAACAACAACAACAACAAGACAAUCCCAUUAAAUCGUUGUUACGCCAGCUCAAUGUUAACGCUAACGGCCAUCCACAAACGCCGCACAUGGACACCGUUUGGCCGCACCCUCCGCCACAAAUCAAUCCACAAUUUAACGCGCAGAAUUGGUUGGCACAGGUAUACACGCCGCGGACAAAAGAGGAGGAAAAGAAACGCGAGGAGAAGAAGCGCAAGGAGGAGGAGAAGAAACGGGAAGAGAAGAGGAAGCUCGAGGAGCAGAACCUGAAGAAGAAGCAGGAGGAAGAGAAGAGAAAGAAAGAGGAAGUGAAGAAGCAGGAAGAGAAGCAGAAGAAGGAGGAAGAAAAGAGGAAAAAGCUGGAAGAGGAGCAACGGAAGCAGGAGGAAGAAAGGAUGCGGAAAGAAGCAGAGGCCCGUAAGCAGGCGGAAGCGGAAGAGCAAGCCCGGCGAGCGGAGCAAAGACGGCGGGAAGCGGAAGCGUUGCGCAAGCUGCAAGAGAGGAGUAAAGCACCUUGGGCACAGGCACCCCGUGCACCGCCACCUCCCACGCCGAUCAAUUCGUUCGCCGAAAUCCAAAGACUCGAACGAGAAAAGAAAGCUGAAGAGCAACGGUUUCAACAAAUGAUGCAGCAGCAGCUGGCGCAGCAGAAAGCUAUGGAGGCAGCUCAAGAGGUGACAGCUGCCGACUCGUCCAAAAGGCUUCAGUUCAAAUGGGCGGAGAAAGCGACGGCCUCCGCAAAGCCCUUACAAGUGAAAAGCCUCGCGCAAAUCCAGCAAGAGGAACAAGAACGCAUCGCCAAGCAACAGGAGAGGGAACGUCAGGAGAAGGCGGGCCAGAAGGAGUCAACGAACGUGCUGCAGAACGCAGGGAUCUGGGGCACCGCUUCUCAGUGCUUGAACUGGACCAACUCCAACGCGUCCAGCGGCGGUCAAGCGUGGUCCAAUAACACCGGUACCAGUGGCUUCUGGGAUGACCCAACGCCCGUGAAAUCCUCGGCAACCUCCAAGCAGCCGGUGAAGCAGCCAGCUAUAGUCAAGUCUCCUUCUGCCAAUCAGACACAGCAAAGCAACAAGGCGAAUAAGAGUAAAAAUAAGAGGGAAGAGGAAUUAGUUAAGAAACUGUUCGAACAGAACACUGCCAAGGCAGACGACUUCACGCAAUGGUGCAACAAGGCACUGAGCGGUUUACAAGUGUCCGUGGAUAUACCCACGUUCGUCGGAUUCCUACGGGACAUCGAAUCUGCGUACGAGGUUAAGGAAUAUGUUCGAGACUACCUCGGUGAUAAUAAACAGAGCUCAGAGUUCGCCAAGCAGUUCUUAGAUAAACGCAGUAAAUGGCGAUCAGCUCAGCGACCACAAGCACAGGCAGAUGAUCUCUGCAAACCAGCGCCUGCCGUGAAUCCAAACGCACCCACAGAGUUUCAGGAAGUGAAGGGAAAGUCGAAGAAGCCAAAGAAAGGAAAAAUGUACAAAGUCGAUAAUAGAAUCCUUGGCUUCAGCGUGACCGCGGCGCCGGACCGUAUCAACGUUGGCGACCGCGACUACGGUGAAGGUGUGUGAAUCACCGGAGAACCGUUCCCGACCCCUCACCACGGAAAUUCGCGACGCUUGGCCCGUUAUCACAACUAUGGUUCGUUAUUUAUUUAUUGUAGAUGCCAAAUGACAGUUCUAAGGAACCCGUUACGAGUGACUUCAUUAAAGAAAAAACAAAAAAAUGGAAAAAAACCGUAUUUCACGUGCAUACACAUAAUAUAUACAUAUACACUUAAGAUUUCUUUUUCUAUCGUUAACGUCAAGGACUAAUCUCGGUAAUCCCCCACGUUUCGCGUCCUCUCACUCGGCGGAUCGAUGGGAGAGCCUUAGACGCGCCGAUCCUCGCAGCGUGGCAAUUGUUUCCUUCUUAAGAAAAACCAGAACUGAAACGAAAUAAUACUCGGGACGAGAGAAAAUGGGGGAAGAAAAGAGGUGACACGACCACCGACUCGCUGUUGUACAUAAUUCAACCGAACAAAUAAUGGCGGACGGAACCAUCAUCCACUUCUCUACAGUAAGGGAAACGAUGUGACACGCCUCGCGUUAGCGUGCAAUUCAUUUCUCCCGGACGAUUCGUCGUUGUUCUUCGUCGUGAGCCAAAGGAUCUACGCCGAUCGAUAACGUACACGUCCUCGGUCGAGAAAGCAAUAACGUAUUCACUGGAGGAUGGAACGAGAAAAAGAGACAAGAGGCAAACAAAGAAAAAAGGACA